AACAUCUCCACCUGCUGGUGAGAAGAAGCAUCGGCACGUUUUGCCGGACAAUUACGUCACCCAGACGCCCUUUCCAGCUUUCACGUGACAUCGUGUCGCGCUGCACCACCUCUAGCUGUUCUUAUUUUCUGUUCAUGCUUAUUCAUUGGUGAGCGUCGUAUUUUAUAUUCGUGUUUUCCCGUGUGAAACAGAAUUAGACGAAUGGACAAUGAAGAUAAAGCCAUAUCACAAAAUUAGAAGUUCGUGGUUGCAAAGUUUUCCAGGUUGAUGGCAGUAACGCUCGCUCGCUAGUUGUCUAUAGAAGUUGGAACUAUAGAAGAGAGCGCGUGUGGACAUUGAGCGCGCAGCCCCAUUCUGGGUGCGAGUACAAAGGACAUGACGCUCGCUCCUCGCUGCAGGGCUGCAUUGGGCAGUGAGUGACUAACCAUGGAAACUCCAGAGCUGCCACUUGAGGUCAUUUCGCACAUUCUAAGCUUCCUUCAUGUGUCAGACCGGAAAGAGGCCUCGCUGGUCUGCCGAAGCUGGUAUGAAGCAAGCCAAGACCACCAGUUCCAGAGAAACAUGACCUUCAGUUUCCCCGCCACAGCGACUUCGCUGAGGUUCGUUCGCGGGCUCGCUCGCCGGCUUUGCCGCCGCAUCGCCAUCAGCCACCUGGACGGCUCCUGCCUGUCGCGGCAGCUGCUGGUGGAGGUAGCCAUCCACCUCGGCCCGCGGCUGGAGAGCCUGGCUCUGCCUGGCAGCAGCGUCACGGAGUCGUCCCUCCUGGGCCUGCUGCCCCACCUGACCAGUCUGCGGAAGCUGGACCUCAGUGGCCUCGACAGCAUCUUCAUGUCCGGGACCUUCCUUUGUCAGGAACGGCACCGGCAGCAGGUACGCACAGGCCUGAACAACCUAGAGGAGCUGGACCUGUCCAAUCUCCGUUACCUCUCUGACCUGACCUUCAACCGUCUGACAGGUUGCACCCCGAGGCUCCGACGGCUGGCUCUGGCCGGCUGCCACAUCGCCUUUGAGUUCGACCCGUACCGGGGCUGCGCGGUGGGCCAGGGCUCAUCGGCCAUGCUGUCUCUGCGUAACCUCCUCCGUCUCCUCCAGGACCAGGCGGCGACGCUGCGUGCCCUGGACCUGAGCUCCACGGGCAUCACGCCCUCGUCGCUGCUCUGCCUGGCCCGGGUGCCGGGCCUGCGUCUGGAGGAGCUGGGCCUGCGUGGCUGCCGGGAGCUGACGGACCACUCGGUGGAGCUGCUGUGCCGGCACCAGCGGGGCCUACGCUGCCUCGACCUGAGCGCCUGCACCGAACUGACUAGCUGCAGCGUGCUGGCCGUCGGCCACCUCCGCGAGCUGCGGGCCCUCUCCCUCUCCCAGGACUGGAGGGUGACAGACAAGGGCCUGGCGGACCUGGCCGCACUGCCCGCUCUGAGGACUCUGCGCCUGGCCGAGUGUCUCCACGUGAGCGGGGCAGAGCUGGUGAAGGGGCUGUCCCGUCCGCCACCUCGGGCUCAGCUUCAGACCCUCAGCCUCAGGAGCUGCACCUACCUGAGAGAUGCCACUGUGUACUCUCUGGCCCAGCUGCUGGGCUCUGGCCUGCGAGAGCUGGACCUAACUUCCUGCGUGUGCCUGACCGACCUGAGUGUGCAUGCCAUUGCCUCCUUCCUGCCCGGCCUGCAGGUGCUACGGCUGGCCUACUGCAAGGAGAUCACAGACUGGGGCUUGCUAGGACUGCUGGAGCCAGCCAGAAGUGACGGGCUCACCAGAGAUAUGAGCAUGCCGGAGGACAAGCAACCCAGCUUGACGAGGACCUUCGGGAACAUGGGCUUCUUUAAGCCCCCCAAUAUGCUGUUGGAGGAGAAGCGGCAGCUGGUGACAAAGGAGGACCUGGGGGCCUUCCGGCAGCAGGACGGGACAUCGUUGCUGGCCCUGCGGGGCCUACAGGAGCUCGACCUGUCUGCCUGCCUCAAGCUGACCGAUGCCAGCAUAACGCAGGUGCUGCGUUUCCCCACGCUCCAGACGCUGUCUCUCUCCAUGCUGACAGAGAUGACGGAUGAGGGCCUGGCAUCAGUGGCUUGCCACUGCCGCUGCCUGACCAGCCUGGCGCUGAGCCGCUGUGCCCGGAUAAGCGACAAGGGCCUGGAACACGCCCUGCUCCAGCUGCCUAGACUCCAGCACCUGCAGCUCGCCUGCUGCGAAGCAAUCACAGACAGAUGCCUGCACCUUAUAGCACGGUACUGUAAGAGACUGAAGACACUGGACAUCUCCAUGUGCAAAGACAUCACAGCAACAAAAGUGGACUUCCUCCAAUCACAGCUUCCUUUUCUUGAAAAAGUCCAAUAUCAAGAGACUCAAGCCUCACCCCUUGAUUUGUCUGUCUGCACUAUAGGGCUGUAAAUUAUACUGUAUGUGUGUAUUUAAAUGAAGUAUUAUAACUGAAAGAUGGUAAACUUGCAUUUAAAGCAAAGCCCCUAGCUAAUAUACUUCUGUAAGCACUUUAGAGAUGAUACUGCACCAGGUGCUCAUUGAAUAAAUGUCCCAACAUUCCUGUACUUUCACUGGAGUGGAGCCAGUCCAAUGGAUACAUGACUGAAAGCCCUCAGACCCAUCGUCUUCGCCCACUGUGUCCUGUAAAGUACUGCACUGAGACUGUAAGGAUUUAGGUCAAACUUUACAAUAGGAAGAGUUGCAUUUUAAUGAGCGUCUUUUAUUCUUAAGUUAUACAAGUUGUUUUUGCAUACAAUGUGAAAUAAUGUUUUGACUGACCUGUGAGAAUACUGGGCAUCAGAACACAGUAUUUCUGGUGCUGUUCACUGUAAGUUAAUUUUUUUAUGUCCGUGGCUUAGCCUGGAUUCAUCUGACGGUGCACAGGAUGUAUCAGUUCUUGUUAUUUAUUUGUUUAAUGAAUUGCAGAAAUUAUCACAUCUUGGGCCACUAAGAUAAUUUUAAGUAUAGUUCAUUGCCGCAUUCUUAUAAUCACAGGAUACAUGACAUUCCAAUAGUUCUGUUCAUUACCUUUAGGCCAUAGCACAAAUAUAAACUAAAAAUUAAACUAUCAAACAUUUUAUUUGUGCAUUUCAUGUGUUGUGUUUCUUAAUAUGAUGGUUAGAAUGCCCUUUCAUUAUGGAUGAAUUUAGAUGUACGUUUUUUGUUGUUGCUUUUUACAAGUAACUUAUCAGCAAAUGCUUUUAAACUGA